AUGAUCUCUGUCGCCAUCAACACAUAUCUGGUCUCUCUGGGGUUCGGUCGGCACAAAGUAACCAUCAGUGACGAAAACUUAAAAAAGAUCAACCUCAACACCAUCAUCGGAGCUGCUUUCGGCAUCAUCGCAACGACGACGAGCAAGACGUCCUUCGCUAUCACCUUGUACCGAAUCGCCACCAAUGCAUGGAUGAAGUACUUCCUCAUCUUCGUCAUCAUAACUAUCAAUGUCUCCAUGAACUUGGUCUGGAUCUUUGGUCUUGCCAAAUGUUCUCCUCUCGCCCGAGUAUUCGAUAAGACGGUACCUGGUACUUGCUGGGAUCCAAAAGCGCUACUUCAGUUCCAACUAUUUGCUGCCUACUAUUCCGCCGUUCUCGACUUUGUCUUGGCUCUCCUCCCUUGGGCCAUCUUGAUGCGAAUGACUAUGCGACGACGAGAACGACUUGGAGUGGCUGUUGCAAUGAGUUUGGGCGCUAUUGCUGGCAUCACCGGUAUCGUCAAGGCUGUCCUUGUGGUCAGCAUGAAGAGUGAAGAUAUCACCUACGACCGUGUCGACCUCACCAUCUGGACCCUGACCGAGCCUGCCGCCUCUAUCAUGGCCAUCUGUAUUCCCGUUCUGCGAAUGCUUUACCACGAACUCAAGUCCAGCUCGAGAAGUUACAACAAGAACAAAACCGGUACCAACCCCAACGAUCACGAAACGAGAAAUACAGUCCCAUCCUCAGCUCUCAGAGCAUCCAGACGAUAUGGUCCCAACUCGCGAUACGGCCGAAACUCCGUGGUCAUCAUGUCAGGCUGGCAGGAGUCACAAGAACAUCUCCAGGAUUCCGAUGAAAGUGUUAGCGGUUUGAAGGUAUCCGCGAACACUGGUGGAGUUUUAAAGACGGAGGAGGUCAGGGUUCAACACGAGCGCCUGAGCACCUUCAGCGACGAGAAUUCGAUAGAAUUGAGAAACUUGCCGCAAGCUCAGGUCAAAGGUGGUUAUCAAAGCCAUGAUCGAGCGCCUUCUUUCUAA